UGAAAAUUCGACGGUGAAAGAUUAAAAUGAAGAAUUACUUUGGGAUAAAAGAAUAUUUUCUGUUCUGGUGCAUUUGUAACAUUUCAGCAGUAAAAUGGCCGAGAGGGACAUACACAUUGGUCAAACCUAAAUCCGGAUGUCCACCAGGCUGGUUGGAUGGAUGGCGACUCCAGGAUAAUGAGGAUGGUAGCUGCAAUAAGAAUUUUGUGUCACCAGGACAUCACUUUUUUGGUUACUUCGGCAAGAAUAUGAAGUUCUCCUACUGUACAAAAGAUCCAAAUGACAUAAACGACGAAGGAUUUUGGCCACCUGGGAACUACUGCAUUCUGAAACAUGGAAUCAGCUGUCCGAGAGGUUUCCUACGUGGAAGUAUUUAUUGGGAUGACGAAGAUUCUGGAAAUGAUAACUCAUAUGGAGGCACUCUACCAAGUGGUAGUUAUACCAGAAAUACUAGGAUUGAUUACUGCUGCAGGAAAGACGGCUCAUUCAGAAGAGAAAUACAACUCCCUACAACAAAACCAUUCUAUUUGCUGAGGUUUACCUCCUAUUGUCAAAUGGUCAAGGGAAUGUAUGUCAGGGAAGAGCACGUGCGUUUUGAUGAUGAAGAUGCAAACAAUAAAAACACGGUAGCCGGAAAUUAUCCUUACGGAGCGGCAGGAAGAAACCAUGACCUCUUUUAUUGUUAUUAUUUUUGAAACGGUUAUUUAAGCAAACU